CGCUGGUGGCGGUAUAGUGCAAUUUUGCCCGAGAAAAAUUUACGAUAAUUUUAUUUUUAUUACGUUUCUAACUAUUUAUUAACCUGUUCCUUUUUUAUUACGUGUUAAUUUAUUUUACUGUGUACAAAAAUCGUGAUCAGUUAAUGUGUAGUGGCAGAAACAGGUGAUGUGGGGUACACCCUGGAUGGAUCGAUACCGGUGACUGCGUCGCUUUGUUGCGAGGGUGCGAUGGAGAAGUCGGCGUCAGCGCGGCCGAGGACGGCUCUGAACGAGUGCGUGAAGGUGGUGGUGCGGUGCAGGCCGCUCUCCAACCGCGAGAAGAACGAGGGCCACGAUGAGGUGAAGAAACGCCGAAUCAGACCCACCGAUCAGAAAUGGUACGAGCGUCUCUCGACGAAAGGGACUGGGGAUCAGUUCCAGGAGGCCGACUUACCCCUAGAGGUGGUGCAAGUGUGGCCGGAGCGGGGCGCCGUGCAGGUGCUCAACCCCAAGGGCCAGGACAAGCUGUUCACGUACGACGCCGUGUACGACGCGCGCGCCGACACGCAGACCAUCUACGAUGAAAUGGUCCGUCCCCUGGUGGCGUCCGUCCUGGACGGGUUCAACGGCUGCGUGUUCGCGUACGGACAGACGGGCACCGGCAAGACGCACACCAUGGAGGGCACCCCCGAAGACGAGGGCAUCAUACCGAGAGCCUUCAGGCACAUAUGGCAGCAUAUCGAGACCAGUGCGUCGCGAGACGUGACGCACCUUGUGUCGUGCUCCUAUGUGGAGCUGUACCUGGAAGAUGUCAGGGAUCUGCUGUCUAAGGACUGCAAGAAACUGACUAUUAGAGGGCAGGAGCUGAACGGCUUCUAUCCGGAGAUGACGUCGAUCGUGUGCAAGUCAGCCGCGGAGAUGCAGCGGGCCCUGCGCGCGGGCAACCGCGUGCGCGCCUCCGGCCGCACGGACAUGAACGAGCACUCGUCUAGAUCCCACGCUGUGUUCCUGGUCACUGUGGAGUCGCAGCACAAGCCCAGCAACCGCAUCCGCGUGGGCAAGCUGAACCUGGUGGACCUGGCGGGCAGCGAGCGGCAGCGCAAGACCGGCGCUGGCGGCGAGCGGCUCCGGGAGGCGGCGCGCAUCAACCAGGCGCUGUCCUCGCUCGGGAAUGUCAUCUCCGCGCUCGCUGAGAACAGUCCCCACGUGCCCUACCGGGACUCGAAGCUCACGCGCAUCCUGCAGGACUCGCUGGGCGGCAACAGCAAGACCAUCAUGAUCGCGGCCGUGGGCCCCGCCGCCUACAACUACGACGAGACCAUCACCACGCUGCGCUACGCUCACAGAGCUAAAGCGAUAAAGAACAAGCCGAUCCGCAACGAGGACCCGAAGGACGCCAAGCUUCGCGAGUACCAGGCGGAGAUCGAGCGCCUGCGCGCGCUCAUCGAGCAGCGCCGCGCCGCGGAGAAGCGCCCGCGCCGUCCGCCCAGACCCGCGCCCGACCCCAAGCCAGCCGAAGAAGACACGAUCGACACCGCCAGCCUGGAGAGCGAGCACAUCCUCGCCGAGUCCACUAUCGAGCAGGAGAAGUGCAGGACCGAGGAGCUGGAGCAGCAGAUCCGGCAGCUGGAGGAGCGGCUCGUGUCCGGCGGCGGCGACGGCGACGGCGACCUGCUCGACACGCUGCAGCAGUCCAGCGCCGUGCUCGACGCCAGGAACAUGGAGAUCGCCGAGCGGAAGAAGAGGGAGGUCGAGAUGCAGCAGAAGAUUGACCUGGAGGAGGAGACAACGGCCUCCGUUACCCAGACCUUUGCGUCGCUGCAGCAGGAGGUCGAUCAUAAGACGCAGAGAUUAAAGAAAUGCGUGACGAAGUACGCGGCGCUCCGCGAGGAGACGGUGGAGCUGCGCGAGGCGCACGACGGCGAGCGGCGCGAGCACGAGGCGCUGCAGGCGGCGCUGGUGGCGGGGCUGCGGCGCCGCCUGCUGCUGGCCGACAGCUUCGUGCCGCUGGCGGGGAGGGCGCAGGUGGCGCGCCUGGCCUACGACGACGACCAGGACGCCUGGACCAGGGCCGUGCCCGACAGGACGCCUGGACCAGGGCCGUGCCCGACAGGUGAACUAUACGCUGCAGGCGGCGCUGGUGGCGGGGCUGCGGCGCCGCCUGCUGCUGGCCGACAGCUUCGUGCCGCUGGCGGGGAGGGCGCAGGUGGCGCGCCUGGCCUACGACGACGACCAGGACGCCUGGACCAGGGCCGUGCCCGACAGGUGAACUAUACGCUGCAGGCGGCGCUGGUGGCGGGGCUGCGGCGCCGCCUGCUGCUGGCCGACAGCUUCGUGCCGCUGGCGGGGAGGGCGCAGGUGGCGCGCCUGGCCUACGACGACGACCAGGACGCCUGGACCAGGGCCGUGCCCGACAGGACGCCUGGACCAGGGCCGUGCCCGACAGGUGAACUAUACGCUGCAGGCGGCGCUGGUGGCGGGGCUGCGGCGCCGCCUGCUGCUGGCCGACAGCUUCGUGCCGCUGGCGGGGAGGGCGCAGGUGGCGCGCCUGGCCUACGACGACGACCAGGACGCCUGGACCAGGGCCGUGCCCGACAGGUGAACUAUACGCUGCAGGCGGCGCUGGUGGCGGGGCUGCGGCGCCGCCUGCUGCUGGCCGACAGCUUCGUGCCGCUGGCGGGGAGGGCGCAGGUGGCGCGCCUGGCCUACGACGACGACCAGGACGCCUGGACCAGGGCCGUGCCCGACAGGACGCCUGGACCAGGGCCGUGCCCGACAGGUGAACUAUACGCUGCAGGCGGCGCUGGUGGCGGGGCUGCGGCGCCGCCUGCUGCUGGCCGACAGCUUCGUGCCGCUGGCGGGGAGGGCGCAGGUGGCGCGCCUGGCCUACGACGACGACCAGGACGCCUGGACCAGGGCCGUGCCCGACAGGUGAACUAUACGCUGCAGGCGGCGCUGGUGGCGGGGCUGCGGCGCCGCCUGCUGCUGGCCGACAGCUUCGUGCCGCUGGCGGGGAGGGCGCAGGUGGCGCGCCUGGCCUACGACGACGACCAGGACGCCUGGACCAGGGCCGUGCCCGACAGGCGGCGCUGGUGGCGGGGCUGCGGCGCCGCCUGCUGCUGGCCGACAGCUUCGUGCCGCUGGCGGGGAGGGCGCAGGUGGCGCGCCUGGCCUACGACGACGACCAGGACGCCUGGACCAGGGCCGUGCCCGACAGGUGAACUAUACGCUGCAGGCGGCGCUGGUGGCGGGGCUGCGGCGCCGCCUGCUGCUGGCCGACAGCUUCGUGCCGCUGGCGGGGAGGGCGCAGGUGGCGCGCCUGGCCUACGACGACGACCAGGACGCCUGGACCAGGGCCGUGCCCGACAGGUGAACUAUACGCUGCAGGCGGCGCUGGUGGCGGGGCUGCGGCGCCGCCUGCUGCUGGCCGACAGCUCGUGCCGCUGGCGGGGAGGGCGCAGGUGGCGCGCCUGGCCUACGACGACGACCAGGACGCCUGGACCAGGGCCGUGCCCGACAGGUGAACUAUACGCUGCAGGCGGCGCUGGUGGCGGGGCUGCGGCGCCGCCUGCUGCUGGCCGACAGCUUCGUGCCGCUGGCGGGGAGGGCGCAGGUGGCGCGCCUGGCCUACGACGACGACCAGGACGCCUGGACCAGGGCCGUGCCCGACAGCGUGGAGCCGCUGUCGGCGCGGCCCGUGGCCGGGCCGGGGCGGCGCCCCACGUGCGCGGCGGGGGCGGGGGCGGCGGCGGGGGGAGCAGCCCCGCGCGGCGCCGCGCCGAGAACCUGCUGGACCUGGCGCCGCUCCCUCUGCCCUCCACCACCCGGGCCUACGUGCCGCCCGCACCCGCGCCCCGCCCGAUGAGGUCGAUGGAGAGCUCCAUGAAGAAGUCUCCGGAGCUGGAGGCCCCGGCGCCCGUGGUGAGCGUGCGCAAGAGCGCGCGCCCCGUGCGGCCCGGCACCGCGCACCACCGCCUGGGCACGGCCGGCGUGCGGUAGCCCCGC